UAAGAGACUGUAACAGACAGAAACACAGCGCACGUAAACGUAGUACGAUAGAGAUCUGGAAUCUAAAAGAACACCAGCUUCGUAUUGGAUUACAUAUAAUCUAUACAUAUUUAAGUAAUAUUAAAAAAAAAAAAAAUGGAUGCUGCAAUCUUACAAAUCUUCAUAGAUGAUUUUGAUCCCAACUGCAGCCUAAAUAAUGCCUGGCAGGACAAUUUCUUUGAAAGUGCAUCUUUUUCCUUUGUGGAUUUUGAUGGUCUAUAUUGUAAUGCCACGACUGAUCAGAUAGGAACUUGCUGGCCAAAGAGUAAUGUGGGUCAACUGGUUGAACGACCGUGCCCAGAGUUUUUCAAUGGGGUUAAAUACAACAGCACCAGAAAUGCAUACAGGGAAUGCAUAGAAAAUGGAACUUGGGCCUCAAGGAUCAAUUAUUCACAGUGUGAACCCAUCUUGGAGGAUAAGAGGAAAUAUCCAAUGCACUACAAUAUCGCCCUGAUAAUCAACUACCUGGGACAUUGUAUAUCGGUUGGGGCGCUUAUUGUGGCCUUUGUGCUUUUCUUGUGCUUGAGGAGCAUCAGAUGCCUCCGGAACAUUAUCCAUUGGAACCUGAUCACCACAUUCAUCCUACGGAAUGUUAUGUGGUUCCUUCUCCAGAUGAUUGACCAUAAUAUACACGAGAGCAAUGAGCCCUGGUGUCGUCUUAUCACAACUAUAUACAAUUAUUUUGUCGUGACAAAUUUCUUUUGGAUGUUUGUUGAAGGAUGUUACCUACACACAGCUAUAGUGAUGACCUAUUCCACAGACAAACUGAGAAAAUGGGUGUUUCUCUUCAUUGGAUGGUGUAUUCCUUGUCCAAUCAUAGUGGCCUGGGCUAUUGGCAAGCUGUAUUAUGAAAAUGAGCAAUGCUGGUUUGGGAAGGAACCUGGAAAAUAUAUUGACUACAUCUACCAAGGCCCAGUGAUUCUUGUACUUUUGAUAAACUUUGUUUUCCUGUUUAACAUUGUGAGGAUUCUCAUGACAAAGCUGAGAGCAUCAACCACUUCUGAAACAAUACAAUACAGGAAAGCGGUGAAGGCCACUUUAGUCCUUUUGCCACUGCUUGGAAUUACCUACAUGCUAUUCUUUGUGAAUCCAGGGGAAGAUGAUAUCUCACAAAUAGUUUUCAUAUAUUUUAAUUCCUUUCUACAGUCCUUUCAGGGUUUCUUUGUGUCAGUAUUUUACUGCUUUCUCAACGGGGAGGUUCGUUCAGCUGCAAGAAAAAGAUGGCACCGAUGGCAAGACAACCAUGCCCUUCGAGUGAGAGUGGCCAGGGCGAUGUCCAUCCCCACUUCACCAACCCGGAUCAGCUUCCACAGCAUAAAGCAGACGACAGCUGUUUGAUCCUCUGAUCCGCCAAUGGCCUUUAGAGUGUUUUUUCACUGUCUUCUGGUUAUAACCUGUUGUGUUUGUGAACUACUGUGCAUUGUGUAAAAUGAAUGAGGGAAAAAAAAGCAUACAGGGAACCAAGAAUAGGGUUAAUAUAUGAGAAAUUAAAAAAAAAAAAAAAGAAAGAAAAAUCAGCUGGAACGUAGUUAAAUGGUGAAGCACAGAAAUUCCAGGGUGCUGGAGGUUAUUCUUAUAUUUUAACCUUUUCUUGUCUCACUUCACUACGCUGUAUAUUUUUGUUUGGCAUCUCAGUGUGAGGGAGUGUUUACUGAUAUCUGUUGUAAUAGCUAUUUGAUAUUAGGCUUUAUUCACAAAGCUAAAACUCGUUAGGUAUUUAAAGUUUGUUUUUAUGAAAAAAAAACAAGGUUGAUAUACAUGAAACUGUUCUGGAUUAUUAAUGAUGUAGUUAACAACAGUAAAGAACAAAUUCACACAUAUCAAAAUUUAUUUUAUUCAUUAAAACUUUAUUUAAACAACUUUUGACUUAAAGCUUUGUGAAUAGAGCCCAUCAUCAUUUACAAGUAGAUGGUAUCCAGAUUUACAGUGGGGUUUGGAUGAUCAGAUUUCUUAUCUGCUUGAGCUACAUGACAACAUGACAAUUCUUAGAGGAAGUGUAAAUUACCUUUUUUAUUUGACUAGUUUGAAAUUGGUUGGUCCUCACAAGAGCUCUUUUGAGUCCAUGCAUUUCUAGCAGAGAUAUAACUUAUUGUAAAUAACCAAUACAUUUUCUGUCAUGUUUGUUUGGCAGCAGACAAAGGUACCAUUAUGUUUAAUUGAGAUGGUCAACCCUCAAACUGUAGAAAAAGUGAGAACAACAUCAAAAAACAAUGUUGAGCAAGCCAACUGCUGACUAAGUUGAACAUCCUGUUGCAAGUCGAAUUUUAAUCUGCAAAUGGAACAGGCGGCCUCCCAGAUUAUACAUUAAAAUCAGUCGAGAUCCCCUUUCUUUUGCUCAGAUUCAUGGAGAUGUUUUUAUAGGUUAAUGCAGUGUGUGUAGGAUGGCUUUUAAAGCUACAUUGUGUAGGUUGGGACAGAAGACCACAAAGUGAAGCUGAGAUCAAAUUGUGUGAAAUGAUGUCUCUUACAAUAAGUGACACCCUAGACAAUGUAAUUUAUACAUUAUAGAAAAACAUAUUGUUUUAAAAAACUACUAUCAACAUUAAAACAGUGUUUAGAAUUGCACCAAAUAUUCCUUGAACAGGGUGAUAUCUGUACAUGGUAAGAUGUACUGGAAUUUGUUUAGAUAAUGGAGAAAGUACAAUUAAAAUAAAUACAGUACAAUCCCUAAAUUACAGGGUAUACCUGGACACUAUUCAUACUGUAUGUACUGUAAUAGAGUGUUCAAAUAGUUUGUCAUUUAUAAUAGUAUUUGAUUUUACAGUACCUCUGUAUACCAGCUCAGUGUAUUGUCCAGCACACUUUUAUGGGUCCAAGCGAUGCAGGGUUAGACAAGUUUUACUAUACUCUUUUGGAUGCUACACCUUUUGUAACACAUUUUACAAAUGCUCCAUUGUUAAGUGACUGUGUGUAAUCUUUGUAUUUAGUUGAGUGUGUGAAUAAUAAUAGAUGGGCUUCAGUGAGUUACAGGAAAAUAAUUCCAUCUAGGGUUUAUGUGACAUCAUAAUCACAUGG